CUACAACCUGCUCUAUUUGGUAUGAGAUUGUACUAUUACUUGACUUUGGGUGGCUGCCAUUUGUUACUUUCUGCAGUUGAUCCUUAAGAUUAUCUGCAGAUUUCCCGCCCAGUGGAGUUCAGGUGACUGCUUUAUUCGCCCUCUGCCUGGGAUUAUAUGAGGGCUUGACUGGCCACUGAGCAGCGUCGCGACAUGCAGGGCUACGACAUCCCGCGAGAUGUGAUCAGUCUGCUGAAAGAUGCAGAGACUUACUUAGCUGAGUGCUUGCAGAAUGAAAAGCUGAGCGGCAGGGCAAGAGAGCAAAGGGAUGAGAUCCUGCACAGCUUCGGGCAAAUCCGAAACAGGUACGGAGUAGAAUUUGCACUGAAAGGAGGUGAGGCUGCCUUUACCCAUACGGGACAGGAGGAUUACGAUGACAUUCACAACGCAAGUUAUGCUCCAUCUCAAGCCUCUGAUGAGGUCUCUGUUGCUUCUGAUUAUGUGGAAAAUGACUCUGAAGUUGAAGAAGAACUGGAUAAAAUCUUUAAACAGGGCUAUCUCGAGAGGAGAAAGAAAGAUCAUGGCUUUUUUGGAUCGGAGUGGCAGAAGAGGUGGUGUGUGCUCACAACGAGAGCCUUCCUAUAUUAUUCUAGUGAGAAAGGGAAGCAGCCCAAAAAUGGUUUCCUCAUUAAAGAUUCUCUAGCACAAAUGAUGCCUUACAUUCGCAAAGACUCCCGGCGUGACAGUUGUUUUGAAGUUGUGACACCAAACCAACAGGUUUUCCAGUUUACUGCUGCCAGCCCAUCCGAUGCCAGAGACUGGGUGGAACAAAUACAGUUCUUGGUGAAAGACACACAGUCGACCAUUAUUCCCUAUGAGGAUGAUGAGGAAACCUAUGACGACAUUGAAAGCACCGAGUCCUCUCCAGUAGUUGGGCUAACAAAUGAUUCGGAAAACAGCCUGCAGGAAGACGAUGUCUAUGAAUCGAUACCAGGGGAUGAAGAAACAGAGGAAUCCGAAGAUGAAAAUUAUGAGAUGAAACCAGGCGAACCUGUGAUCUUCUAUGGAGAUUAUUACCAAGGACUUUGGAACUGUUUUAGUGACAAUAGUGAUGAGCUGUCCUUUGAGCGAGGCGACCUUAUCCACAUCCUGAGCAAGGAGUACCAUGCGUACGGCUGGUGGGUCGGAGAGCUGGAUGGCAUUGUGGGCAUUGUGCCAAAGGACUAUCUGACGCUUGCCUUCGACCUAUAAACAACACAAACCUGCCAGCCCACAAGAUGGCUGAUGGAGAAGCAAAUCACUCUCAUGCAUGUACUUGUAGCUUUAAAUUACCAAUAAAUACUCCUAUAUGUAUUAAUUA